UUUGUAAAUCUGUUACCGACCGCGAUUUCAUUUUCGUUAAAGUCCGUUCAAUUUCGUCGCUCUUCAUUUUAUUCUCUUGUCCUGGAUUAUAAUUAUUAAAUUUGGUUGUGCAAAUCGUAAUUAACUCGAAAGUGGGACAUUCAACGAUGAGUUAACGCUGGCUAUAUCAGGGUCAGUAGUCGAACCCUGGUUUGCGCCGCCCUUGCCGCGGAUUGCGUGCCGGCACGUGCGCGGUGCGCCAGAGCGCGCGUGCUACUCUCCUGUCAGAUUCGCUCGUCCGUCGCGCCGCAGGCCGCAGGACGAGUUUCCUCUGGCCGCGGAAAAACCGCGGAGUCAACGCCACGUCGGGGUGCACCUGAGCGGCCGGAAACGUCAGUGACAUUUAAUGUCAGCACUCUCGGGACUCGUUCUCGGCGCGCUGUGAACGAACAUUUCGGACCAUUUCGUUUGUCUCUCUCUGUAGGAGGCAUACGAUGCGCGCAUAAUGCGCGUGUGAAGAAAAAUACGAGAGCGGAGUGCCGCCGUGGCGAGGGAAUCGUGCGAUAAGCGCGAGAGGCACGUGUUGUUUGCAUGCGCGUAACAUACGUUAUCGCGGUGCCGUUAUCGCGGGACGAGUGAGCGUCGGGAGCAGCAGGAAGUGUCGCCGUCACGGAGCGGGCGAUUCGGCGACUCGCGACUCGCGACUCGCGACUCGCGACGUCGCGGACCCUCACGCGACGCACGCUCGCUCAUUCGCUCGCGAGAACGUGACUCAGGCGAAUCGAUGACGCGCCGCGAGUCGGAGUCGCGAGCGUCCAGCAGCUAGCACGCGGAUGGUAUCGUCUGCCCGGAGCAACGACGGCGUCUCACCGGGAGGAUCAUCAUCGAUUCAGCCUCGGCAGCGGGGACGAGUUCUUGGACGAGUACCGCGCGAGCCGAAAUCACUUUGGAUCACUUUCUUCUUGCAACAGGACAAGAAUCGACGAAGCCCUACUGAUGACGAAUCCCUAGCUGGAUUAUUAUAUGAUCUUGGUGACCUGGGCAUGGUUUUAGUUGUGACGGCGGGGCGAUGACGCUCAAUCACCGUCCGCCGUCAUCAGUAGGAGUCCCUCAGGACUCACCAAACUUCCCGUUUCCGGACCUGGUCUCAAUUUUGACCCGAAUCUCCGACGAUUGCUGCUAUCCAACGAAAAGCAUCGUGAAAGCACGUGUUACAUUUGGAGGGAGAUAUGAGAGACCACUCUCAUCAUUACCGAGAUCACGGACACGCCAUGCCACUCGAGGAGGUUCAAGGACUGUUACUUCCUCCCUCAAGAACAGGUAACCGGGGACCUCUGAAUGUGACAAUCGUACAGGUUGGCAGAGGAAAUGGAGGCGGUGACGAGGGCGGAAGUGAUUUACUGAGGUUAGAACCACCAUCGGAUUUCAGACCGGCUCCUUCGCUCUUAUCUAACGCCAGUGUUACCUUGCAGUCUGACAACAACGAUACUUUGGUUGGAGGUGUCGAUCCAAGGCUAUUGCUAGGAACUGGUGGUGAUCGUAAUACCUGGGAAGGCCGUUACCACGAGAAAGAACAUCGACGUGCUGGGAAAGCCACUUUCCAAGGUCAAGUUUAUAACUUCCUGGAGCGUCCUACCGGUUGGAAGUGCUUCCUAUAUCACUUCUCUGUGUAAGUAUUCACGAUGUCUCGUAUACGUAUGUGAUUUAGUAUAGCUUUUUGAUGGAGCACUGACAGCAUGUUGCAUUGAUAUCCUUUGACGUCAUAACAUUUGUGAAAUUAUACGAAAGUAAACUCAGCGAGAGAAUGAAAUUCACGUAGGUGCAUUCUUCUCGGAAAGGUAUGUUUUAUUUUUUUGUUUUGCAAUGACUAUCGUAUUUAUUUAAUGCCUUGUAUCGUAUAAUGAAUAAAAUGAAGGAAGAGUUUAAAACAUAUCGUGAACCUGUUCAUUCAUCUAUUCGUUCACAUUAUCAAUCGUUCUCCACGCUCGAUAUGUCAAAGAAGGAUUUAAUAUACUUGGCGGUACUGUAGGCAUCAAUCUUUAUUGUCACUUAAUAAAUAUUAUUAUAUACAUAUAAUAUAACGCUUCAAGAAAGAUGGAUGAUAAUUCCAAAAUUUCUCUUCCCUUCAAGGAGAUCUGAUAUAUAAAUAAGGAGGUGUUGUAUAUACUGUAGAUGACCUUUAAAAAUAAAUCGAAUCUAAAAUAGAGCGAAUCUAAAAUAGAGCGAAUACUUAAUUUAGUUAUUAUCAUAACUAAAAAAAUUUAUUUCCACUUUUGCAAUAAUGCUUUUGUUGCAUAACUUAAACUCACGAGGCGAAGAAGAAGUGAAAAAGUUAUAACAUCGUAAUUUGAAAUUGACUACAAUAAUAAAUCUAUACGUUUCCGCGUAUUAUAUUCCCGGAUCAUGGUUUAUAGUUGAUGUUAUAGCAAGAAAAGCGCGAUUGUUUAUUAGAAAUUUAUAUGACGGACGAAAUAUUUCCGUCUUUAUGCUUCCCCGGAGUAUUCUCUAGGAUAUGUCGAUAAGUAAUAAAGUUUUAUCGCCAUGUGGACGCAAUUGCCUAUCGGAAUUUAUUGUAAAAAGUUGAAAAAGAAGUAUUAAUAGUACAGAUUAGAUUUGAAUAUAGAUAAAUAAUAUAAUAUAUACGCAAGUAUUUUUUAAAUUGUAUUGUAAGGCUGUUUCAGAAUUCCCACGAUGCAAUAAAAUAUUGCAAUAACAAAAAAUAUAACAAGUC